AUGUCAAAGUCCGGAUCGCGGUAUGGAAGAAGAUCGAACUGGUUCAAAAUUCACUGCCUGCUACAAGAGCAGCAGCAGCAACAAAUGCAACAAAUGCAGACUAGUAAAUCACCCCCCACAUUUAAUUCGACGAUCAAUCCAUCGUUCUUACCAACAAAUUUACUACCAGCCGCCGCGUUAGCAGAAUAUUAUAAGAACUCGGAAAAGAUACCUUACAGCGAAGAAGUGACGAGACAGAGCGUCUCUCCGUCUGACUCUGGGGCAUCAUCAGCGGACCCAGAAGACGACAAUAGUUCGAGAAGCACCAGCGGUUUAAGUAUUUUCCGACCAGCAUCAUCACCUAGCAGCGAAAAAGAUGUUCGGUUGCAAGCGAUUAGAAAUCAAAACAAAGAUUUGAGAAGAAAAAAGCCAGCAACACUGCCUCCAUCGCCUUUCUCAACAUCAGCUGCCACACCAAGCUACCCACCAAGAGGAACCUCUUUCCUACCAUUACCAACAGCAAUCCAGAACUUUAGAUCAAUGCCCCCAGGCAUCGCUACUUGGCAAACUCGUAACGGAGGCGAUCUACUACUACAUUCACCAGCAGUUGCCGGGGUAGCGGUAGAACAAGACCAGCCAAUAGACUUGUCGAUAAAAUCGACCGCCGUUCUGUUCAGAAGUCCAAAACGUGAUGACAUCAGUGACUCGGAGCCCGAACUAAGCAUUGAUUUGAGCGGAGAUAACGGAAAGGAAAUGAUGAAAAAUCCCCUAGAUUUAAGCCUGGUCCCAAAACGAUCAGAAGAAGUCCCAAUGACUGGA